GUGGCCUCUUCCAGGCACCCGGACGGCUGCCAAAAACAGCAGUGGCCAGAUUGCUUCGAUGGACUCGGGAAAGUCCAGCGUGGACAAAAAGAACAACCUCCUUACGAUGGUCAUGGUGAUUUAGACUGUACAGCGUGUCCUCCAACAUUGGGCCAACGUCUGACAAUCACUUUUCUGGCAAACCAUAAUCUCGGCCUGGGGCUGCUGCCUUUGCUCACGUAGCCGAUCCUGCAUUAAGCAGCCGCGCUUAAACACCCACGGGCAUCGCCUUUCUGAUCCUCUCUUGCCUGCCUUCCACACUCGGUCAACAAAUCGUAACGCCUUUUUCCUUUUCCCUUCCCGUUUCGUCACCUGCGCCAAAAUGCUGGUCCGCCUCUCAACGUUGGCGCUCGCUGCCACCAUUUUAUCAGCGCCAUCUCUGGUGACUUGUCUGUCGCCGUCCGACAUUCCUGCCGAUACCCCGGUUUCCAGGCUCUUAGCCUCAGCGCAGACUCACCUGUCGAGGGGUGAAACCGGCGAUGCGCUCGUGUAUUACGAUGCCGCCAUUGCGAGGGAUCCGACGAACUACCUGACCUUCUUCAAGCGCGCGACCACCUACCUCUCACUGGGCCGCACGUCGCAAGCCACCGACGACUUCCAAAAAGUGUUGUCGCUCCAGCCCGGCUUCGAGGGCGCGCACGUGCAGCUGGGUAAGCUGAAGGCCCGCUUCGGCGAUUGGGACCUGGCGAAGGAACACUACCAGCAAGCGAAGAAAACGGAGGAGCUCGCAAGCCUCGAGGAGGCCAAGGGCGCGGCAACGCUCGCCGAGGCGGCCGCAAACUCGGAGAAUUGGGAGGAAUGCAUCAAGCAGGCCGAUGAUGCCAUCUUAACGGCGAAUCGCGCACUAUCGCUGCGGGAGCUGCGCGCGAGGUGCGCGUUCGAACGGGGGGCAAUGGAGAGGGGCAUCGGCGACCUCCAGCACAUCUUACAGAUGAAGCCCGGCGACACGUCGCCGCACGUUAAGAUUUCGGCUAUUCAAUUCUACGCCCUAGGCGAGUUGCAGGACGGCAUGACCUCCAUCCGGAAGUGCCUGCACUCUGACCCAGACUCCAAGGAGUGCAAGCGGUUGUUGAAGACGGAGAAGCAGGUGGAUAAGGUGAUACAGAAGGUUACCAAAGCGCUAGAAAAGAACCAGCACAUGACGGCGGUGCGACAACUCGUCCCAUCCGGGGAUGACGAGGGGUUGAUUCGGGAGGUUAAGGACCAGGUGCAGUUAUUGAGAGAGGAAGGCACAAUUCCUCGGGCAGCGGGAAAUGUUUUAGUUGCGACGCUGGUUGAAAUGGCUUGCCAGGCUUACUAUGAGUCAAACAGCAAAAAGGCCAAGGAAUACUGUGAAGAAUCCUUUGAACACGACGAGAACUCGUUUUACGGCCUACUUUACCGCGCUAAACACCUUCUCGGCGCGGAAGAGUUCGAAGCCAGCAUCAACACCCUGCGCAAGGCUGCCGAAGCCCACCCUGGCAGGGAGGACGUCAUCAACCCGCUUAUGCAAAACGCGCAGGUCGCGCUCAAGCGCAGCAAGAAUAAGGAUUACUACAAGGUACUGGGCGUCGCGCACGACGCCGACGAGCGCCAAAUCAAAUCGGCCUACCGCAAGCUAUCCAAGGUACACCACCCGGACAAGGCGGCCAAGCAGGGACUCACCAAAGAGGAAGCCGAGAAGAAGAUGGCGACCAUCAACGAGGCGUACGAGGUGCUCAGCAACCCGGAGCUGCGCGCGCGGUUCGACCGCGGCGACGACCCCAACUCGCACGAGCAGCCGCAACAUCACGGCAACCCGUUCGGCGGAGGCCAUCCGUUCAUGUUCCAGCAGGGCGGCGGAGGUGGUGGCGGCCAGCAAUUUCAGUUCAACUUCAGGGGGUCUGGGUUCCCAUUCGGAGCGUAA